GGACUGAGCUUCGCGAGCUGGCAACGGCGACGCAGGGUGGCAGGAGCCCAGGGGCGGGGGUGGGCCGGCUGCCGCCAUGGCUGGAAGCCAGGACAUGUUCGACGCCAUCGUGAUGGCUGAUGAGAGGUUUCGUGGGGAAGGGUAUCAAGAAGGCUAUGAAGAAGGCAGUAGUUUGGGUAUAAUUGAAGGAAGACAAUAUGGCACUUUACAUGGAGCUAAAAUUGGAUCUGAGAUCGGGUGCUAUCAAGGCUUUGCUUUUGCAUGGAAAUGCCUCUUGCACAGUUGUGCCACUGAAAAAGACAGCAGGAAGAUGAAAGUCUUAGAUUCAUUGAUUGGAAUGAUUCAGAAAUUCCCGUAUGAUGACCCUACUUAUGACAAACUCCAUGAAGACUUAGACAAAAUUAGAGGAAAAUUUAAACAGUUUUGUUCAUUACUCAAUGUUCAACCGGACUUUAAAAUUAGUGCAGAAGGUUCUGGACUUUCAUUUUGAGGAUGACAGAUGAACAAAGACGAAACAUCAAGGAACAGAUGUCCGUAUGUUAAGUGUUUAAAAAUGUGAUUAAAGGCCAAACAAUGAUGGAGUAUUCAUUGUUCCGUAGGGAGGGAUCCAGUUUGGCCAGUGAAAGGGCUUCCUUCCCCUGAGCUUUCUGCCUAUGUUGCCGCGGUGCCCCCGUGGGCCUCUGCAUACAGGCUGCCCUUUGCUGGGCCCUGUCUGCUUUGCUGUCUGAAGUAGGCUGCUUGCUGCUGGCCCAGUCAGGGGCUUUACCUGUCCUCUCCUGUAGGGUUGGCCUGGCUGGUCCUAGGCUGAGGUUGGCUCUGGAUAGGAUCACCCAAGCCUGGACUCAGAGCAACCAUUUUUUUUUGUUUUUCUAACGAGAGAGACCAGGCUGACGUGAGCCAGGUUAAUGGGAAGUCAUGCGGAGCUCCUUGAUGUGCUGGGCCUUCCUCUGCACCAGUGCUGUGUUAGUGCUGCCCAUGUUUGGUUUAAGCUCUCAGGAGCCCAUGAAGCAGGCCUUAUUCCCAUUUUACAGAUGAGGAGGCUGAGACCCACAGGGCUUGUCUGGUCCGAGGUGACCCAGCAGCAGAGCUAAGAUUUCUCCCUAGACUCAGGUUUGUCACCACCCAGUGGAGGGUGCAGUUUGGGAGUCCACUGUGGCCAGUUAGCCGGAGCACCUGGCUGAGAGGAAGAGAGGCCAGCUGAUCCCGGGGGCCCAGGCAUGCCCUUCACCAUGUCUCCAAAUGAGAGAUGAGCUUUGUAGCAUUAAAAAAUGGUUAAUGGAGAAAAUAUCUUGAACCAAAGACUGAAUGUCAGGCUGUUGUCAUUAUUUGGAAACUUCUGGAGCCUCGUGUUUGGGACUCUGUAUUCUUCCUUCUGAUGAACUCCUGUCUUUUGACAGGACUUAAAAGGCAUCACACAUAGGCAUCGAGGCGCAGAUCACUGGAGCAGGGGUUUCUUUGGUCCUCUGCCAGUUAAGAAGACAAAUUUGGUGACACAUGUUAACACACCCUUCCCAGGGUGUCCCUAGGGUCACUGCAGGCCCCACAUGCUCCUGCUCACCCCCUGCUGUUCUGGAAGGCACGUCUGAAAGCAGUGAGUGAGAUGACUCAGGGAUCUCCACGGAUCCACUCAAGUCUCCGAAAUAGUUCUGGAGGGUCUCAGUGGAUCAUGCUGCCCUGGCUGUGAGAGCCAUUUAGGGAUGUCCCUGCAUCAGUCACGGUGGUGACAUUUGUCCCUCUCCCCUGACUUUGAAAGUGUACUUAGGAGAAGAGAAGGGCUUUUCGUUUUUGAGGAAUAGACUUAGGCUUUAUCCCCCUAAAGGUGAUAAGGGUGCAUUUGGCUACCUGUGCUCCUCACCUGCACCUCGCCUCGGGGUGAGGGAGGCCCCAGUGUUGCCCGCAGACCUGCACCUCACAGUCAGGCUUCCAGUGGGGCUGGGCUGCUGGGUGUAGAGGGCUUUUCUUAUGGUUUUCUUUGGUGACUUUUUGUGUUUUCUAUGUUAUUUAUCUGUUUUGAUAAUGUAUUAUUUUUAUAA